AUGAUAAUAUUCCUAAUUACAAGUGUUUUCGCAUCACAUAUCUAUCCCAUCGCCUAAAAUCCAAAAACCUUCGCUUUUUAAUUGGCCUAUCAAUAAGGGUCCUUGACACUUGAUUUGAAUUCUUAAUUGACCUUUAUGAAACUUAAAGGAGAGGAAGUCAAAUGCAAUUCCUCUCCAUUUGGAGAUGAGAUCGAAUGUUCCUCGUGCACUCCAAAUUGUGUCAUUGGAGAUGGUAAUUUGAUGCAAAGUGAUGUCAACCUCACCAACGUGUUGUAAGAAGAUCAAACAGAACAGAUGUUAUACGUUUCCACGGAUCAAGAGGAAAUAUUAGGUUUGGGAUAAUAGAGAGGAUGUAAAUAAUAGAUUCUAUAUUUGUAGCCUCAAAAACUCCGUAGAAUCCAUUUCUUUCCAAUAUUUUUCAUGUCUGUCUUGGUUAUGAUAAAGGUUUCAUUUCAAAAGAAUUCAAGAAUCCAUACAAAUAUCAAAUAAAUUACAAAUCAAAUUCCUCCUCUAAAUAUUAAGUAGAUCUCAAACUAAUCAAAAUACAAAAUCAAACAAUUGUUAAUCUAACUGGAAAAGUUACAUAUGUCGAUAGCAGAGAUCCAUACAUUUUAUUGCCUGAAGAAAAUUAUUAAAAAAUCAUCACGUAUUUUUCCAAAUUUCAGGUCGUUGAAGAAUCUCAUACUCUAAUCGUGAAGAAUCAAUCUCUAACAUUACCUGAUAUUGAAUUUAUAUUUGAUGAUGAUGAUGAAAAAAUCAUUAUGGAACCUGAAGCGUACAUAUUGAAACUUUCAAAUGACACUCAAAUCUUAAGAUUCAAUAGAUCUAAAUUAAAUCGAACUGAACUAGGAUUACCAUUCUUGGCCUAAAAACUUAUGACAAUUGAUUAAAAUACAGAGAAGUUCUAUUUUUCUGAUUUUAAUUGUUAGGAUUAAUUCUAAUAGAUACAACUUGAAAUAGGCUACUUUAAACAAAUACUCCUUCCAACAUUAUUGAUAUGUCUUGUAUUCUAUUGCAUUUUGACUCAAAAGGCUAAAGCUUAUAAACAAUCCAAAGCCAAUGAAAGCUAUGAAUUGACUAAAUUAAAACAAGAAAUUGAAGACGAAGAGGAAAUAUGA